AUGGAUCUUUCGUAUGCAUCUGCUGUCGGACAGCAGAAGAAGAAGGGAAGCAAUGUGCGAUGCUUCCGAUGCGGAAUCAUGGGUCACUACGCGCGUGAGUGUACGGCACCAGUACACUCGAGCCAAGGUCAACGUGGCGAUACCGGGUAUCGUCACGGCCAAACAAAAAAAGGCAAGGACCAUCACGAGUGUCUACAACGGACACGCGGUGCUGAAGUCUGCAGCCCCAGUGAGAGGGAAUCUCACUGCAAAGUACAAGAUGACAUGCCUAACCUUGUCAUCUUGAAGGUGAAGUCGAUGACGAAGAGAGCGGACUCUCUUCGGUUGUUGGUGGACUCGGGCGCGUCGAACAACUUUUUUCGACAGCAGAGUCUGCCGUUGUUAGACUUCGAGGAAAAGCAUCUGGAAGUACGAUUGGCAACGGGUGCCAUCAUCGAGACUGCGAAGCGCGUGAUUCGCGCACGCUUCUCGUACAAACACCGGGUGUUUGUAGAGGAACUUCUCGUCCUGGACUUGGACGACAAGUUCGACAUGGUGUUGGGCAUGCCCGCAGCGGAUACACCUAACGGUGCAUCCGAACCUCCUUCAGAGACAGUGGCUCGCGCCGAUUUCUCCAGUCUCAGCGCGAGGAGCACGCGAGCUGUAACGACUCCGGGAGUCGUUGACAGUAAAAGACCGGACACUUCUAGAAUGUUCUCCGCCAUAAAGCGUCGAGAUGACAAUAGCGUGUCGACUCUGGGAGUUGACACGCGCUCGAUAUCAAAAUCGAGAAAGUUCUCCGCCGUGAGGCGUCGAGGUGACAACGCCGGGCUGCACGAAGCAGGGCGCGAUCAAGCCGGGCUUGAUGACGCAUGCCCGCGGGUACAAGAACCCGCCGGCGGUAUCAAGGAACGUUCGUCCAUAUCCAGGCCUGAACGAAACGCAAGUGAAUCAGGGAUUCACAAGAAGAAGUGA